CCAUUUGAUGUUGACGGCGUAAGGUCAUUCAUUGAGGCGCAUUCGUCGCUCUAUAAGAAUGGAGAACAUAUCGUACUACCGAAGAAGAAGGAGCCUUCUUCGGAAAUGAUGCGACAUAAACUGAACUUAUUGAGUGGCGUUUCGGAUGUGAAAAAAACAACCAUCGAUAUACCAACUACCUUCGAAUCGUUCCAACCAGAAAGUGAACUGAGAGAUGAAGCACUCGUUCCUGUAGUGAUACGCAUGAAGGCAUUUAAAGAAAAUAUUUUGCACAGAGAAGCUCCUGAUCCAGUCGAACUGACGAUUCGUCGCCUAACGUGUUAUUCGGUUGCCCAAGGUGUCAUUUAUCAUUGUUGUCGGAACGACGACGAAACGGCCGCUAAUAUGGGACGAUAUGGACACGGAUAUAACGUCUGUUCGUGCGCUCCAUCGAAUCUGUCUCGAAAGAAGCGACUGAAGCGUUGGAUACUUCUAGCGUUGCUAUCGUUGUUGAUACCGUGUCUUUGCUGCUACGUACCAGCGCACUAUGCAUACGGUUGUUGCUGUAAGGCGAAACGAGGCCGUCACAAGCCGUGCCUGAAUCCGAACGAACGUGAUUAUUUGCUGGCCAGGCGACGUACCAGCCGAGCCAUGUCACGACUAUCGUUUUGA